CGUAAUAGACUACUUCCAAACGAUCCCAGAUUCUGAAGCACAGGAAGAAAUAGCUCAGACGCCGCCCCCGGAUGGAAUUUUGACAUGUCCAGGUUAAUCCCAAUCCAGCACUUGAGAGGAUCUCUUGAUAAACAAGGAGUGGUCUGAGACUGAAUCGGACAAACUCGGAACUCACUAAUAUGUUAGAGCGCUGUGUUAUGAACAAGUUGCACCAUAUAUCUAAACAGUUUCACAGGCCCAUCAUUGAUCAUUUUAAAGCACUAGUCAUUUGCAUGGACAGGCUUUAGGCUUCCAUCUUGUGGGCUUCAUUAUUGUCUAUCUUGUUUUCAAGGUUGCUCAAAUGGCUGACACUCAAGAAAUAGAGGAUAAAACAUCUGAAGCAACUUCUGAUGACGCAUCGCAAAAGGAACAAGAAACUCGUGAUGAAAUGCUUGCUAGGCACAGGAAAGAGAUAUCACAACUGCAGAACAAGGAAAUUGAACUGAAAAAGGCAGCAGCCAAAGGUAGCAAAGCUGAACAGAAAGCUAAGAAGAAGCAGGUGGAGGAAGAGAUAUCUCAACGUUCUGCUAAGCUUAAGGAAAAACAUGCUGAAGAACUUGCUUCAUUAGGCUAUGUCAGUAAUGAUGGAGGUGGAAAAAGCAAUAUUGACAAUUUGGUGAAAGCCAUAGCUGGGGUUUCUGUUGCCAGUCAACCUGACCAAUCAAAGCCCAGCAAGGGUGCAAAGAGGCGAGGGAAGAGAGCUCAGCAAGAAGCAGAUAGAGAGCAAAGAAUUCAGGAAGAGCAGAGCAACAUUGUAAGUGAACGAAUGAUUGAAAAUGAGAAAUUGGAAAGAAAGCUUGAACCCCUUGGUUUGACUGUUAAUGAAAUAAAGCCGGAUGGGCACUGCCUCUACCGAGCUGUUGAGGACCAGUUAGCACUCCUAUCUGGCGGUUCAUCUCCUUAUACGUACCAAGAGCUUCGAGAAAUGGUGGCUACUUAUAUGAGGAAACAUUCAUCGGAUUUCCUCCCAUUUUUCCUUUCAGAUAAUGCGAUAGAAGGCGAUUCUGAUAAUUCACUAGCAGAGAGAUUCGAGUCUUACUGUAAAGAGGUGGAGUCAACAGCAGCGUGGGGAGGGCAACUAGAGCUUGGUGCUUUAACUCACUGCCUUAGAAAACAUAUCAUGAUAUUUUCAGGGUCCUUCCCUGAUGUAGAGAUGGGGAAGGAGUAUAAAUCUGAUGGUGGGAAUGGUUCAUCAAAUUCAAGUAUCAAGCUAUCAUUCCAUAGGCAUGCAUUUGGGCUUGGCGAGCACUACAAUUCUGUGGUCCCAAUUUGAUCAAAUUGGUACGCUUCGGAUUAUGAGUAUAAAUCAAUUGAAAUGCGAGAGGUACUGCACUUUGUAGCAAAUAUGUGAUCACAAAGACUCUCCCUUCAUAGGAUUGCUGCUCUGAAGUGAAUCUACAGAAAAUUUAAUUGAACUCAUGUCGUUGGAGUAUUUUAUCUGUAACUCAUAGAAGUUGAAUUUUCGUCGGUAGAUUGAAUUAAGAGAACAAAUAGGAAAAAAAAAAAAAUCUGGGAAACCAGACUGUCACGAAAUUCCUGUUCUA